AUGUGGCCUCUCAGCAGCUCUCUGUUCCCCCCGCCCUCCGAGGACUGGCUGCAGCGGGCCUCCUCGGACCCUGCGGCCCAGGGCUGGGGUGCCUGGGGCAGAGCUGAGGUGACCCCCGCGGGUGUGUGUGGAGAGGACGAGGCUGAGGUCCUGCUGUCUGUCUGGGAGGGGGAGGACCCAGCCGAGUGCCCAGCGCCCACCCAGGAGCUGGAGGCCAUGAGGCGAACACGGUGGGCCAUGGAGCGGGCUAUGGAGGUCAGCACACAGGGCCUGGCAGGCAACGAGGAUACGUGGGCCCCAGGGACAGGUCAGCGCCCAGCCAGGCGGCCCCCAGUGCCAGGGUCUCGGGAGCCCUGCAUCCCCCCUGAAGGGUGGUCCUGUCCACGGAGCCCCACGGCGGUGGCAGCUGACCACAGAUCUGUCUACGUGGGCAACGUGGACUACGGGGGCUCGGCUCUGGAGCUGGGGGCCCACUUCACCCACUGCGGGGACAUCCACCGCGUCACCAUCCUGUGCGACAAGUUCUCCGGACACCCCAAGGGUUACGCCUACAUAGAGUUUGCCAGCGAGAGCUCCGUGCGGGCCGCCCAGGGGCUGGACUGCAGCGUCUUCAGAGGCCGCAUCCUCAAGGUGCUGCCCAAAAGGACAAACAUCCCAGGGAUCAGCUCCACUGACCGAGGGGGCCUGCAGAGAUGCCGGGGGCCCAGGGGCGGGGCCUCCUCCUGCUUCAGACCACAGCGGUGGAGCCGGUGA